AUGUGCGGCACCGACUGUUUCCUCUGCCUGCUCUCCAUCCUCUUCCCUCCCAUCGGCGUCUGGGUCAAACGCGGCAUCUGCAGCGCCGACUCCCUCAUCAACAUCGCCCUCUGCUGCCUCGGCUUCCUCCCCGGCCUGCUGCACGCCUGGUACAUCAUCCUCAAGUACCCGGACCCAUACGACUCGUACACGCGCGUCGACGGCACCGACGGCGGCGAGAACGGCGCCCGCACGGUGACCUACUACUAUGUGCAGCAAGGCGGCGCGGGCGCUGGGGGACGCAGGGUGCAGCAUCACCAGCAGCGCGGGUACGGCACUGUGAGCUCGCAGCCGACGGCGGGGCAGUUCCCCGGCCAGCAGGGCGGGACGGAGAAUAGCUUUGCGCAGCCGACGGCGCCGGCGCAGGCGCCCCAGGCGCGGGAGGGGGAGGGCUCGAGUGCGCAGCCGCAGGGGCCGCCGCCGGCGUAUCAGGAUGUUAUUCAGGGGGAUCAUAAGGUGCAGAAUCCGUAG